AUGCUAGUUACCUGCAUAUCAGAAGAUAAGAAUAGUGUGAAUAUACAGUUCGAUCAGGAUAAGGCUAUUGAAGAAAUUUGUGUUGCUUGCAACAAUGUUCAAGCUACUGUCCGAUUCCUUACAUAUGAAGAAGUAUCACAUGGACUCACAGAAACGCUGGACUUCGUUUACAAUUCCGACGUUCUAAUUGUUGAUAUGAGUGACAAGACACAACAAGGACAUUUGAAUUAUCAAUUAGGAGUUAGAGAAAGUUUAAAACUGUUCGAUAAUAUAGUAAUCGUAAACCUUUCGAGUCAUAUUUUGCUUGAUGACCUACGCAGUAUUUUAAGUAGCAAAACGAAACUGCUUCCAUAUGUUAUUAACGAAAAUGGAUUUGCUGUCUUAGUGGAAGAUAAGUUCCUACAGAAUGCCCUCAUUGAUAAUGACAUACUCAAAAAUCAAAUAUGCGGCGAUCUUGGGCGUUUGUCUGAAGAGCUAGAGGAAAUACUUUCAGAAAUGUGCAGUGGGGACCGGGCUCCACUAAAAGAUAAAUUCAUUGAGGAUCUUCGAAGGGAUCGCGAUUUGUACAAAGGGCAAGAACUCAGAGAGCGUCUUCGAGUAAUGCGCCGUAGAUUGGAUUAUCCAGGGAUGCUUUCAUCGGAUGUUAUUCUUAAUCUGUUACUAUCAUACAGGCAGUGCGAGGAUUUCGAUGCUAUGGUUACUUUAAUAGAAGAGAUAAGGGCUUUAAAAUUAAAUCAAGAUAUUUUGAAUGUGUGCAUGAUCCAGUAUCUAUAUGCUUUUGCUUUGCAUAGACGGAAUAAAAAUGGUGAUCGAGAUGCUGCAUUAGCUGUAACUGAAGAAAUCUUGAAAACAUGUGGAAAACCUUCUGCCGAUAUGUACGGUCUGUUUGGUCGUAUUCAAAAAGAUCGUUUUAUGGAUUCUCAUGGUGAAGAUAAAGAAGCUCUAGAUUUAGCUAUUCAAGGCUACCGAGAAGGCCUGAAGAUUGAUGCAAAUGAAUAUCUAUUAGUAAAUGUUGCCACACUUUUAGUAAUUAAAGGAAUGGAUCUGGAAACAAGUGCAGAGAUGCGUAAAAUUUGUAAUACACUGAAUUUGCGUGUUGGCCAAAAAGGAAAUAUCUCCACAAUCAAUGACUAUUGGGACGUUGCCACAUUAUUUGAGGUACGUGUAAUAAGUGAAGACUAUGCUGGUGCUGUUCAAGCUGUGGAACGAAUGUAUCUUUUAGAUCCACCUGACUGGGAAUUGGAAUCUACAUUGGGUAACAUAAAAAUGAUCUGCAAAUUUCGUAAACCACCAGAAGAGAGCAAAAUUGCCAAACCACAAAAAUUAUUUGACUUUUGGAUGGAGUUUCUAUCUACUGUGUGUGAUACUGAUGAGAGCGAUUCAUUUUUAAUUGCAUCGGAUGAAACAGAAUAUGACUCAUUCAUUAGACCAUAUGAAAGUUAUACCAAACGAAUAGUAUAUCCAGUCUUAGUAACUGAACAAAAUUGUACCGUUAUGAAACCAGCUAAUAUUCAAGUGAAUAUAAAUGCUGUUCCAAGAAAUCUCCGCGUUAUCUUCUACGAUCUAGACUAUACAAUAUCUACAACCGUGCAAUCAGUCGAUUUACAAAAUUGUGGAACUAUGCGUCAACAUUUUCCACGUUUCAAUGAACAUAGUCAAGAAGAAGAUUUAAUAUUUAAUGCCGAAGAUAUUAUCGGUAUAAGCAUGACAGAAAAUAAUAGUCGUAGUGUUUAUUUAUACACUACCUGUUCUUUACCAAACUACCGCAUAUCAUUUUCCUGUGAAAAAGUUAAAAUGCAGUUUUAUACGGUCUUACACGAACAUUCUUCUGAACCAUUUAAAUGGACAUACGAUUUGAAUGAUCGUAAUGAACGUGAAAUUCUAGAAAUUGAUGCAGUGAAUAUAAGGGAAUUUCAACCGCUACAUGAUGAAAUUCGAUUACAUUCAAGACUUCAUCAUAAAAACAUUGUACAGUACUUUGGAUCUGUUGAUCAUGAAGGAGUGUUUAUGAUAUUUAUGGAACUGGUUCCUGGCGCGUCAUUAACAUCACUUGUCUCAAAAUAUGGUGCUUUGAAAGAGGAAACAGUGGCAAAUUAUUCAAAACAAAUAUUGGAAGGUCUACAGUAUUUACAUGCAAAUCGAAUUAUUCAUAGAGAUAUUAAAGGAGAUAAUAUUCUCGUUAAUAUGUAUAAAGGUGAACUGAAAAUAACAGAUUUUGGAGCAUCAAAAAGACUAGCAGGUUUGAUUCCACGAGCUCAAACAUUUAAAGGUACUAUGCGCUACAUGGCACCAGAACUUAUCAGGGGUUGUUGUGGAUUUCCAGCUGAUAUAUGGAGUUUUGGAUGUACUGUUGUAGAAAUGUUGACAGGAAAACAGCCGUUCAGUGAGCUUGGGAAUGCAAUGACUGCUCUAUAUCGAGUUGGUAUGGAUUUGCAACACCCCAAGAUCCCUGAUGGAGUUUCAGUAGCUUGCAAAAACUUCAUACUGAAAACAUUUAUCAUAGAGCCAUCCAAUCGUGCUAGCGCUAAUGAACUGUUAUCAGAUCAAUUUAUCCUAAGUUUUACAAAAUUAAGACGACGUAAACCAGUGGGACUAACACACUCUUCAGAUAGGUUCCGGCCGUCAAAUAAGUUCUAUCAACCAAACUGUAAAUCAUCUGAAGCAGUUCUAAGAUCUUUGUCAAAUAUAUCAAAUCAGUCAACUUCUCCGUUGAUUAUAUCUGGUUCGAGCUCAUGGGGAAGUAAAAGUAAUCGUUUACUAAAUGUAAUUCACAACAGUAAUUCAAUUUUGUCAGAAAGUGAAAAAUCUGACAAUGAUGCCUCUUCUGUAUUUUCAAAUGAAUCCUUCCAUCAGUUUAACUUAAAAAACCAAAUUAUAGAUCAAGCAGAGAAUAGAAAUACUGAUGGAGAGAAACAUUCCACAGAAUCAGUAAAUCAUAUUUCAAUUUUACCUGUCAAAGUAGAAAAACUGAAAAUACCAGGUGUAUAUAUAACAAAGGAUGAAAAACGCAAAGCUCCUGUAAACAGUGCUAGUUUUGGGAAUUCAGAAGAUCCAUUCAAUUUUAUUAAACAGGACUCUGAAGCAAAACGACGUUUGUCAAAUGCAUUAAUCUCCGAGAAACAGUCAAUUGUUGAUGCAUGGAUAGACAUAGUCUGUCGGUGUACACAAUCAAAUGUUUCAAACAAAAUCAAAGAUGAACUUAUAUCGGAUUUAGGUAAACGAGUAAACAACUCUGAAACUAAUCGAGAAUCGAACAAUGGAGUUGAGAAAAAACUAUUAGAGUGUCUUUUAGAUAUGAUAACUGAUAGUUUACACGGUGGGAUUUGUUGGUCUCAACUUGUUAACUACCUUAAAAUUCCAGCAAAUAAAUGUACAACUGAAGGAUUGACUGACUCCAUCAACGGCAUAUCGGGCGAUACGAAUAAACUCGCAGUGUUGUCAAGUUUGAAACGUUAUUCAGUGGCUGGCGAAGAUUUAGGAGGACGAUUUUUAAAAUUGCUACAUUCUUCAAAGAUAUCUGAACAGAAUAAUGCAUGUCUUCCAGUGGGAACGCCAUUAGUUUGCAAUUAUUUGCGAGUAGCUUUGGCAGCACUCCCAAGUGUUAUUGCUGCACCUUUGCUCCGUCAAGUGAAUCGUCCACAUGAAGUAUUAGCAUGGGAAAAAUUGAUCAAAGAUGCUAUCACUUCAGCAACCAAUCAAAUUAGCAAUUUAGCCCCAAUAAGUACAGUUCACUUACGUCGUCAUCAAACAUACUCAGCACAGCACAAUCGUAGACUAGUUAAACAAGUCACCACGGAAGCUGAUCUUGACUCGCCAACAUAUAUUCGUCAGUCGACUCCUUCGAAUAGACCAUUUACCAUGGUCUCUAUGUCACCUAGCCUCUAUUAUACACCAAAUGAUUCAAUUGUGGAUGAAACAAAGAAGGUUACAAACAGUUUAUCUUUAUCACAGAAAUCAUUAACCUUUUCAAACGAAGCAAUUCCUGAAGAACCAAUGGAAAUUAUCCAGUGCGCACGGAAAUUCGCAGGUGUUCAAUCAAGUGCUCCUUUGUGUCAUGUUAAAUCAAGGACUAGCAAAACACUAGAUGAAUUGGUAAAUCACGAGAAUUCUGCUAAUGGUCUAGUAGACAAUUCAAUGUACAAUAUCCUCGGACAUAAAUAUUUGAAAACUGGAUUCAGUACACUAGACGAUUGGUUUAAAGACCUCCGGAUACCCGAUGAAGACCGUGCCAAACUUCGUCGGAAUCACAUUGUUGAUGAAGAAGACUUCUUAGAUGCUAUAACGAAAGAAGACUUGUGGAAAAUGAAUUUAAGUGGUGGGACAGUGCUUCGCCUUUGGAGAAACAUACAGAAAAUCCGUUCAAUGGAAUAA